UCUAAUAUUCUGUAUGGGCUUGUCCACAUCUCUGCGUUUGCCUGCAGUAUUAGGUUUCAUUCACCUCUAACAGGGGUGGACUGACAACUCAUGGGGCCCCCAGACAAUAGGGGAUCAUGGGGCCCCUGUGUCCUUGCGCACACUCAAAGCACACCCAAAAAAAAAAGCCUAUAAAAGGUACCAGGGGCAUUUCAUGGGGCCCCUUACUGACCCCGGGCCCUCGGGCAGUGCCCAAG